AUGCUUCCAAUAUUAUUGCUUAUCAUGCUCUGUGAGCCAGCGUUAGCCACUUGGAAUACCUUGUACUCACUCGAAGCUGGCCAAGCAUUUCUCCAUCUUUCAAAUAAUGACCUUGUUCUGUUAAACUUUAGUCUAACGGGGAAGGAUCUCACCCUAGUAGACAAUCAAAAAAUCGGGAAGCUUGCCACCCCACCUACUGAUUCCACGUUAUUUGUGUUUGGAACCGAUCUUUAUGCAUUCAGCGGUGACACUGAUGCUAAGUCGGAUAAGGUUCAGAACUUGUGCCCCACUGGAGGAACUCUCAGCUUAUCCAAAUAUGAUACAGGCGCUAAUCUGUGGGACAAUAUUCCCUUGGAUUAUGGGAACAUUCAAGAUGCGACGUUCUAUCUGGGUGCCACCUACUUGUCACCAGUGGACACCACCACCAACGAUGACAUAUACAUCUAUGGAGGAAUCUGUAGCAGCUCUGGAGCUGUUACUAGCAGACUUCUUUCAUUCAACCCAAAGACAAAUGAAUUUGCCAAUAUUACCACCUCCACUAAACCACAGCCAUUUUAUGGAGCUACCAAUCUUUUUGCACCAAACCCGCAAACUCAAUUGGUAAUAGGUGGGAAAAGUAGUAAUGGUUGGCUCAACAUGUUCCAAUUGGCCACUUGGGCAUUCAAUUCCGGGUGGUCAUUCGAACAAUUACCAUCGACGUCGUCCACGGUCAAUUCAAGGAAAUAUGCGCUUGCCCUACCAGUUUUUCAACCACUUGCCAAUUCAUCCAUUUCCACCAUCAUGAACUAUUACUCGACUCAAUCGGUAUUGCUUGUUGGUGGAGAUCUGUCUAAGGAAAACACCCCAUUCAUCCAGAAAUUAUCGAUGGAUUCCAACGAUUGGCAUUGGAGUGAUGUGAAUUCCAAUUUCACUCAAGAUGAUAUUCUUGGAGCUGCCACUAUUUUCAAUACCUUGAUUGUAGUAAACUCCACAAAAUCUUCUGAUGAUCAAUAUGUAAUAAAUUUAUUCGAUUCUGAUAGUUUACAAACAGUACAGAGUUUACAGAAGAACACCAAUAAUCUAUUGGAAAAACUAUCUCCUUCACUGAGUUCAACGGCAUCUUCAUCAUUAAGUGUACUGCAAAAGGCAAUCGUAGGAACUAUAGUCCCACUUGCAGCACUUGCAAUUAUUGCCGCAGCUGUGGUUACAUUUAUUUUAAAGAAACGUAAACGUGAUUCCCAACAAGAACCAGAUGACUUCGAUUACCAAAUUGGAAAUUACUACGAUCAAAGUACCAUGGGAAGUAGAGGUGGACUUAGGUUGCCCACAAACAUGCCUAAUGAUACGAACUCUACAUUGGAUGCCAAAUCAAUGGAUCUGUGGGUUAGAAAGAGAGAAGAUUUUGAGAAGGCUAGACAAUCUGGAUACUUAGAAUCCACCGACACUCUUACUGAUGCCGCUAGUGAACACACGAGGGUCACCGAUCCAUUCAAUGACGAGAACGUGGAGAGACGUGGAAUGGUUCCAGAUGAUGAUGAACAUGAAAGCUCAACGAAUUACCUGCUGGUACAAGCACUGCCAGUCCGUGGUCGGGGAGGAAUUUUGCCUACAUCACCACAAGCUGCAGUGUUACCACCACCAGGACUCCCACGAAUGGAAUCUCUUAAUCAACGAGUUAGAAAGACCUUGUCAUUCAGUUCUACAAUUGGCACUGGGAAUGGCAAUGGGAACGGUCUGUAUGGUCUGCUCAACAAGAAAAAUUCUACUAGAACGGUACGGACUUCACCAUCACUCUUUGAUGACGAAUUUGCAUAUGAUUCCAAGUCAGAAAAUGAAGAUGAUUCUGAUAAUGCGUCAGUGGAUGAUAGAAUGGAUGUACAAGUGUUGGUAAGUUCGAAAAGAAGAUCAGUGCUCCGAGUCGUGAACCCGGAUUUGGAAACUAUUCCUGACGGAGAAGAGGAGUCAAUACACGAGUUAAGACAAAGGGUGCCCUCAGGACCAGUUAGAGAUGAAUCAAAGGAUGUAAUAUAA